ACCGCAAUCAGUUUGACAGUGAGGCCCGUAAAAUGACAACGAUCGUGCGCGAAAUGCUUGAGACAGAUAUCGACGAGGCGAGUUGCUUUUUUCGAGAACAUUUUAUGAAGCACGAGCCGCUUUUGGAGUCGCACGGCAAAUGUCUCCAAGCGAAUGCGAAUUCCAAUAAGAGAGAGUUGGAUGAGAGUGUUGUACGAGAGGGUCUCUCGCUGGUUAUCGUCGAUCAGAGUAGAGGUGAUCGCAUUGUGGGCGUGGCAUAUGCUGGCGUGCUGAGUGCAAGUGAGUUGGAGAGCAGUUGGAACGAGCUCAAGCAUAAGAAAAGAACGAAAUAUAUGGAACAUAUCAAAUACUUCUUGGUCAACAUCAAGAGAAAUGCUCAGUUCUUUAGGCGCUACGAUGUCUCGAAGGCUCUUUACUUGAAGGUGCUUGUCGUGGAUGCCUCAAUGCAGCGCCAGGGCCUGGGACGCCGUCUGGUUACGGCACUGAUCGAUGUAGCUCGGGCCAAGGGACUUGCCCUGCUGGUUGCAACCUGUACCGGCUGCUACUCGACCAAGCUGAUGGCGUCUGUGGGCAUGGAGUGUGUGCACUCGGAAAACUAUUGCGACUUCAAAGAUGACGACGGCAAUAUAGUGUUUAAGCCAUCAGCGCCGCACACAAAGGCCAGCAUUAUGGUAUUGAAAUUAUAGGGUAUAUAAGAGUGGGGCAUAUGCAUGGAAAACAAAUACAUUUAAUUUGCUGGAAACUUAACAAAAUGUGUUUUUAGUUUGAAAACAGAUCAGAGAUCAAACUGAUGUCAGUUAAGCUCU